AUGUUAGAUAACCCACACAUAUAUGAAUUGAGAGAACAAGAUAGAUGGUUACCUAUAAAUAAUGUAGCUCGACUGAUGAAGAAUACUUUGCCGGUCACGGCUAAAGUUUCAAAGGAUGCCAAGGAGUGUAUGCAAGAGUGUGUUAGUGAAUUUAUAUCAUUUGUAACAAGUGAAGCUGGUGAUAGAUGUACAGCCGACAAACGAAAGACUAUCAAUGGUGAAGAUAUAUUGAUAUCAUUACAUGCUUUAGGAUUUGAAAAUUAUGCUGAAGUAUUAAAAAUAUAUUUGGCCAAAUAUAGACAUCAACAAGCAUUACGCAAUCAACAGAUGUUAGAAGAAGAGGAAGAAAGGAUGAGGGAGCAAGAUCAUGAACAAGGGCAAGAACAAUCAGCUUCAAAUGAUAAUACAUCUACUACUGGGCCAUAG